AUGUCCAGUGGUGACGGAGCGGUCUGUGCGGAUGGCUCGUCGGCUUCCUACCACCGUCAACCAGUUGCUGCUGUUGUCGGAGCGGCUGGCAGUCAAGUUUCCGUUAUGGUGGCCAGCAUGCUCCAGCUUUUCAAGAUUCCUCAGGUCAGCUACUCUUCGACUGGUGCCGAGCUGAGCGAAAAGCCACGAUUCGGCUAUUUUUCUCGUGUGGUGCCUCCAGACAAUCUGCAAGCACAAGUGAUGGCACGUGUGGUACGAGAAUUGGAAUGGAAUUACGUACACGCCAUCGCUGAUACCGGGUCGUACGGUGAACGUGGAAUGGAUUCGUUCCGAGCAGCUGCAACUGAGUUGGGCAUUUGCAUUGACGGAGAUGUGCACAAGAUCGGGCGACGAUGGACGGACAAGAACUUUCGUGAUUUGUUGGUCCACAUGCAUCGAACGCGUAAGGGCUUUCGAGCGUGUGGUGAUGUGUUGUCUGAUGGAGGAUAA